AGCUAACAUGUAAAAUAUUUAUUUGAUGUUGCAGAUUGGUAGUGGGUUGCUUGGGUAAUAUAGUUUUAUGAUGUAGUUUUAUUUGCAUGAAAAGUCUAACGAAAUAUCUUUUCUCAAGAUGAUAAACUAAGACUUCAUCAAGCUACCCCUGCAUUACUAUGAUGCAAUUGUAUGCACCACUGGGAUAUAUGGGCAUUUCUAGCCUUUUCACUGCUGUUUUAUAUGUAAAUUCAUCUUUUAGAGAACUGCCAUGAAGAGGAGUUAUUUCUGAGUGUUGUUUUUUUUUCUCCGAACAUUUUGUUUUGUAAAACAUAUGGUUGGGAGUACUCAGAAUAGAAAUGUAUAUUUGAACAUAUUGAUAUCUUUCAGAACAUUGUGCUACAGUAGCAACUUAGUUGUAGCUACUUGGUGCUUGAUAUAAAGUAAUCAAGUUCUAUGAAAGCCUCCUUUUGGUGAAUUCUUGAAGAGAAGGAAAAGAGGAAAAUGGGAAUGCAUGAGAGUAGUGAAAGAUUUCAUACUUCAUUAUCUGCCUAUUUGCUGUGCAGGGAGUUUACAUAUUGUCGAGCAGCUCAAAGAAGUCAAAAUCGUUCAACUUUUUGUUAGUGGAAUUUCGCCAAACACUUGGCCACUGUUGCAGAAGCUGAAAUCUCUUGUAGGAGCUUCAACCAUAGUUUUCAUCUUCAAGUUUAGUAUCAGUGCAAUGUAGUACUUUCUGAAAUUCUUAUACUAUAUUUCCUGUUUGAUGUUACAUUUAAUUAGACAAGCAAUAAUUACCUUCUUUACUGAACAUGCAUGUCUUGCCAUAUGAAAAAUAAUUUUAAAAAUUAAUAUUUCGAUACAGAAACUUGAACAUUUUGACUAAUUUGGAAGUGCUGGAGCAGUGCUGCAGCAGUAUAUAUGCACUUAAACACUAUAUGUAUUAAUAUGAAGGCAUGGAUAAGCACCAUUGUCCAACUAUGCACAAAUUUGUGUUGUACCAUAUUUAUUUAUGUUUUUCUUUUUCAAUAGGUGCACAAAAAAAAGGGAAUUGGCAGCAUAUAUCUGCGGUAGCGUGUACUUAAAUGCAUUUUCAUGUAAUUCUACUGUUGCAUUUUUAAAACUAACUAUUCAAUCUAGAUUGCGUUUAAGGCGUGAGCUUACAAAUAUGCUGAUAACUAGUACUCUUUUUUGUAGUCAAAUUUUUGUUGUGCAAUGAAUUUUAGAAUGUAUUGCAUACCACACUUUCACCGGUGCUGAACAUAGCACACUUGAAAAUGGUUUGAGUCACUAUUUAGUUCAAAUAUUUUUUGAUUCAAUCUGCAUCUGACUCAUUGCUACUGCUGCAUCAAUCCUUAUUUUUGACAUGCCCAUACAUGAAAGCUAUGUAUUUAUGGAAUUUCCUUAUUAUUAAUUGUUUAUAAUAUAAUCUAUAGUUUCUGAAAUAUGUGCGUAUUAAAUACUUGCAUAAUUACUCGUAUCUUGCGAAUCUCCACAAUAAAGAAGUACAUUUGGUGCAAUCUUAUCACCUUUCUCGUUUAUAUCAAAAUUUCACUACGUAUCAGUGACUGAGGUGUCUCUGCCAUACUCGAGGUUGUGCUAUUUUGUCGUAUUAGAAAUGCGCAUUAUAUAUGAUGCGAAGGUACCCAAACAGUGUGCUUAAAGGUUUUGUAUGUCAAGCACAAUACAUAAGGUUCCGCAAGGUUGCCCUAAUUUCUGAGGUAUGAUCAACAUACACACUGCAACUUUCUUGAUUUGCCUUACUACAUGCUUGCCGAUACUAGCAGUCAAUUUGCUUUCCAAAUAGCUCUGGCAUCUUUGAUCUAUGAAUGGGUAAAUUGUGGUUCUGAGAGAGAUUUCCUUUUUUCUUCCGCAGAUUUAGGGUUUUAUCAUUCCCAAACUAAGAAAUUGAAAUCAACAUUAAAAACUGUGUUUACACUUUCCUUAAGUAUGGAGUGAUAGAAGGAAAAGGAAAGGAGAUUUUGCGCUAAAUGUCGAUGAAUGAGAAGCUUUAAUAUGUUAGAUUUCAUUCACAUUUAUGUAUCUUAGUGUGAACAGGUAUUGAAAAUGCUAACUUCGUCAUCUAUUAUUAUCAUAUUAUCAUGUAUAUGUUGAUUUAUCUAUCUUUAUCCUUUUUUAACUUUCGACAUUGUAAUCAUUGAGGUUCCAAGACAAGUAGAUUGUUAAUUUUUAGUUUGUCAUAAAUAAAUUAAACAAUUUAUUUCUCGUUAGAAAUAUUCGAAUCUAUGGUAAUUGAUUUGUUUUCUUUUGUAUGAAAGGAAGGAAUAUAAUAUCUUGUAAUGGCUGAGGGAACGAGACGAAGAAGUGCUAGAUUAUUAGCCCUUCAAGAGCCAAAAAACCAGAAGAAACCAUUUGGCACAAAUAUGUUGGAUGACGAAAAGGCAGCGAAGAACCCACAACAAGUUGAUCCUAGCAACAAUGGUAAUUCAUCAGAAAAUUCUUGUGCACCAGAUAUUUCUACCAAUGUGAUCAUUGAUAGCAUUCUUGAUGUAUUUCAAGUGAAUGACACAAAAGAGCUAUUUGCCAUGCCGAAUAAUAUACAGAUAACUGAUUAUUCUGAGAUGGUUAAUAACCCUGGUGAUUUCGCAACCUUAAGACAGAAGCUUAAGGAUGGGAUGUAUCAGACCCUGGAGCAAUUUGCGGAUGAUGUUUACAAGGUAUUUCGUAAGGCAAUAAAUUCAAAUCCUCAAGAUUCUCUUCGUAUGAAGGAGGCAGCUUAUCAAAAAGAGAGUGCAAAGAAUCUGUUCCAAUCUUUGAAGAACAGUCGUGAGCAUAUUCUGUUGGACAUCUCAGCUUGGCAUCAAAAGUAUUUCGGGUAUACAAAGAGAACAAACUCAAAUUAUAGAAAAAAACAAUAUUCGAGAAGCAUAUCAAAGAAAACUCCAAACUCUUCGGCUAUUCCUAGUUCGAUGCCUAAAGCAGAAUCUGUGGAAGGCUCUGAAUUUUGUGAAGAGCAGCAAACAAAUUCAAACAACACUAUGAGCAAUUUGAGCAUACCAGUAUCCAUGCAUCCUACACAGAUUGUUUAUAACAACAACACUUCAGGUUUUACUCAGAGUUUGAUGCACUUUGUGAAGGAUGCGAACUAUCAAUCCCAUACGAGUUCAGAGCAACCUAAUAUGGAGAAUGGCCAAGAAGCUGGAUAUUUGUUGCCCUUAACUUCGGGUCUUCACAACCAAAUGGGCAACGCGAAUUUCUCAUUGGCAACAUUCUCCAAUCCGUUUAACUACUCGUUUAACUACCCACUGAAUGUUGCAGAUUUUAGUGGCAAUAAUGCGGAGGCAAGUUGGUACAUCCCCCUACUGAAUCCUACGCAUUUCUGGAGCCCCUACUUCCUAACUCCCACAGCAGGCGGAACAGGAUCGGCAAGUUUCAAUACUAUGCAAUCUUCAAUCCCUUCAAUGAAUGCUAAUAGCAUGCCUGGUUCAAAUGUUCUUUAUGGCCCUAAUAGCAACCUGGACAAUGAUAGUCUGCUUAUGUUGCCCUCAUCAGUUAGUACACCAGAAUCACUAGGAAAAGGUAAGAAUAUCUCGGUGUCUAGUUCAAGCCAAGCUAUUGAGCCUAACAUGAUCGCAGAUAAAGGCAAAAGCCCCCUACCAUACCAAAGCCAAGCUAUUGAGCCUAAGAGCCACUUCAAUGCAUUUUUUAGCCUUGGAGUUGAAGGGAGAAGCUCAAUGAGGAGAGUCGAACCAAGCCAUGUGGACGCAAAUUUAGUCACCAGUGAACAGGAAUGCUCAAAGGGGAAGGAUACCGUACAAUCAUCAUCCGUCUAUGACUCAGUUCCCUGUCCAUUAGGAUCAACAGGUACUGAACUCAAUCCAAGCUCGACAUCGACUGAUCCCAACAAGCCAAGGACUCUCAAUCUAUUUGGUGGCCCAAAGUAAAGCUUAAUUUAUCUCUCUGCUAGGUUUGAAUCCGACCUCCCGAAGAGUCUAAACUUACAUUCUGCUAUCUCGAUAUUAUGCAUUUGAACUAUUGGUUGGCCUUGUUUUCUUUUAUGCAUUUGAACUGCUGGUUGACUUUGUUUGCUUUUGUUGUUUGACUUUGUUUAGUAUCGAACUAUUAUGAAUUGAGAAUGAUAUUAUCUGAAUCUUUUAUGUGUGUUGUAACAUGCUUGUGAGGUUACAAUGGUAGGUUUUGUGAUUGAGCACAUAUGCAAACCCAGUUUAUUCAUUUUGAAAGUACUGGACAUAAACUGGGUCCAUCUGAGAAUUUUAUAGCAGAGAAGUGGUUGUAUUACUACUAAAUAUUUAUGUUAAUUGUUGGAAUUCAGCUUU